AAACGAAAGAGACGGAAUUGUAGCGUGAACUGUGGUUUCGUUGUUGGACACGAUUUCUACUUCGCUUGGUAAAACAUCUGUAGAUUAUUUGUAAGGAAAACGGCGGAAAUAUCGUAUUUGUACUAUUUUUUCAUCGUAUCCGAGUAAAAAGAAGCAACAUCAUCGUAGAAAAGUAUAUGUUUAGAAAAUAAUAAGUGUGCUCGAUAUUAGCCAAGGUUAAGGUCAGGUUCGAUGCAACAUGUUUGCAACAUUUUUAGAAGGAUAACGUUUUAUCAGAUAAUUUUCUUCUAAACAAGCGUAAAUGUUUCAACCAACUUUCUAAUCAUCGCAAAAUAGAAUAUUAUUUCAUAUCGAUAAAUUAUUUAAUAAAAUAUCGUUACUAUUAACACCAUAUCCAUAAAUACUUUACGCUUUGAUAGACUAUUCUGAUCGAUAUAUCUAACGUAUUGAUUUCCUUCAUCUUCAGUUUCAGAGAUACGAUACGUGUAACGUCAGAUCGAAUGGACAAUCGAAUUAUUGGCAAGCGCGUAUAUGCCGAAGCAUGUCAAUACAUUUCGUUAGUGCGGUGUCAUUCAAAAUGAUGAGCAUGGCAUCCAUCGUCUGUACGAUUGAAUGGUCUCGAUCGACGGAACCUGCGUCAUCGACGAUUGACACGACGCUACAACGUUACGGUGACGUCUUAGCGACGCGACUUUGCAAUACCGUCUCUAAAUAUUUGUUCGCGACUGAAGUGAAUCUUCCGGGAAAUGAUUCAAAGCCCGUACAGUGUGCGUUGUCAUAAUUGGAAGUAUAUCAACCGGAAACAUGAUGGCACGCUUUUUCUUCCGACAUUUUUUAACCUAGCUAAGUUCGUAUCCGACCUAUUACCGUUAAACACACGUAAUUCGAAUUUUCCAAUGACUAAAACUAUACCGAUGCUGGAGAAAUCUCGCACGUUGUAAAGGUUAAUCUUUACACUCCCACGCAUAUUUAUCUUUCAAAAUCAGCGCAGAUUUGUCGCGUGGAAUCGCAUCUUUUAUGACUCAGUUAAUCUAUUUUCACGGUCGUACAAUACGUUUUAAAUAUACGUCCCCUACGUUGCUUAUAAUUUAAGGAAUAAUAGGUACCAUCGUAUAAUUCUUCAAACGACAAUUUUAUCGUCACAAU